AUGUCCAAGUCGACGAGCCUCAACGGCAGCGACAGCGAGUUCGAAUUCGUCGAGACGCCCAAGGCCACGCCCCCCUCCUUUGACAAGGAAGAGGACUGCGGCGUCCGCACGACAAAGUCUCCGUCCAUCAAGAAUGCGCCCCUGCCCGCCGACGGCCCGGGCUCCGACAGCUUCAACAACACGGCCCUCUUCUCCCUCCUCAUCGGUGCUCCCCUUUAUGUGACAUGGAAGCUCGGCGGCGGCUGCAAGACCUUCAUCUUCUUCGCCCUGAUCCUCGACGUCCCUCUUCUUGCUGGGUACUGGCUCGUCAUCUCGUCCAUCAGUCCCCGUCGCAAUGAAAAGGCCAAGCUGCCGGGGCGCCCCGUCGAGUUCUACCUCGAUUUCAAGAAGGAGGCCGACCGUGCCAAGUACCGUGGCUUCCACAAGAUUCCCAUGGAGACCUUCCAUGAGAUGUACUUUGACGGCGACGUCGACUUCAAGGGCGACUGCCUCGAGGUCCUCGAGUACCGCCAUGACUGGGCCAGCUUCCGGUUCACCAUUGGCCUCAUUCGCUUCUUCCUCCUGGGCAUGAUUCCCGAGCUGAUCAUGCACACUCGUUCUCAAGACGAAGAGCAGGUCCGUGACCACUACGACCGCGGCGACGACUUCUACGGCUGGUUCCUCGGCCCUCGCAUGAUUUACACUUCCGGCAUCAUUUCCGACACGGACAAGGAGGAGACUCUGGAGCAGCUCCAGGACAACAAGCUGGCCAUUGUCUGCGAGAAGAUUGGCCUCAAGGCCAACGAGAAGAUGCUGGACAUUGGCUGCGGCUGGGGCACCCUCGCCCGCUUUGCCAGCGAGAACUACGGCGCUCACGUCACGGGCGUCACCCUGGGCCGCAAUCAGACUGCGUGGGGCAACAGCGCCAUGCGCAAGGUUGGCAUUCCCGAGGAGCAGAGCAAGAUUCUGUGCAUGGACUACCGCGACAUCCCCGUCCCCGAGGGUGGCUACAACAAGAUCACCUGCCUGGAGAUGGCGGAGCAUGUUGGUGUCCGCCACUUCUCGGGCUUCCUGACUCAGGUCUACAACAUGCUCGACGACGACGGUGUCUUCUUCCUCCAGAUUGCUGGCCUCCGCAAGCCCUGGCAGUACGAGGAUCUCAUCUGGGGUCUCUUCAUGAACAAGUACAUUUUCCCCGGUGCCGACGCCUCCACUCCUCUCGGUUGGGUUGUCGACAAGCUCGAGGGCUCCGGUUUCGAAAUUAAGGGCAUCGACACCAUCGGCGUGCACUACUCGGCCACCCUCUGGAGAUGGUACCGCAACUGGAUGGCCAACCGCGACAAGGUCGAGGCCAAGUACGGCAAGCGCUGGUUCCGCAUCUGGGAGUACUUCCUUGCCUACUCGACCAUCAUCUCCCGCCAGGGCUCGGCCACAUGCUUCCAGCUCACGCUGGUCAAGAACAUCAACUCGACCCACCGCGUCGAGGGUAUUGAGUCGCAAUUCGCCUUGGCGGGAGGCCUCAAGAGCUUCAAGGGCGAUCUGCAGGCCUGGGCCGCCAAGAACAAUGUGAUAUCCUCGACCGAGUUCACGUCGUAA